AUGCCCCGGAAGGCCACUGGCAAGCACAUGAAGACCGGCAAGGACCAGAGAUCCCUCCAACAACAGAAGGAGAUUUCCGAGCGCCAGAACGUUCCUGCCAUCGAGGACCGGCCUCUGGAGAAGGCCAAGGAAGCGCUACCAUGCUCCCAGGCCACUUCGGAGCCUCCCGCCACCACUGCGGCACCCCCUAAGCCUGCCAGCAACACCUCGGCACCUGCUGCCCCUGCUGCUGCUGCUGCUGCUACCGCACUCGCCGCUGCUCGCGAAGCCGCGAAGCCUUACCUGCGCUCGCGCUCGGGCACUCGAGUGGCACUCAUGACCUACCGGCUCUACAGUAACGGUCCGUUACGACAAGCUGUAGAACAACAGGAAGAAGAAGAUUACCAGAACUUCGAAGCCUGGCUAGCUCGUAAGCGUGCCACACAGCGUGCUGCAAUCCACGCGGCACAUGCAAGCACGAGCUCGGCACAAACACCGUCUGCGAGCCCCAACCAUUUGGAGCAGCAGGCGGUGACAACCAUCGGGGAUUGGCUGCUCAGCAAGGCCAAGGACGCAGCACCAGUUGCCGCCGACCUUCCCGAACCAGCAGCAGCUACCACGCCAGCCAACACAGACGCGCCGUCUAGUUCACAUGCCGCGACGUCGGAAGACGAAGCCAUGGACACCACGGCAACCUCGCGUAAGCGGGGACGCGAGGAAGACGCAGCGGAAGGCCCGCGGAAGCAAACGAGCACUCACGCAACAGCGGCAACCUCAACAACAACAGCUGCAGCAGCACCUGCCGACUCCCCCUCCAUGCGGGACGACGCGGCGAGCCUGACAGCUACUCCUACAGCCCUCCUCCCACAGGCGGCCUUCGCCGGCACCGUGGGUGCGCCCCCAGUGCAAAGGAGAAAGAAAAACAAGCGGAAAGCUCGCCCCAAGCGCCGGCUCCCGGUGCGCGAGUACGUGACAUCCGCAGCAGAGGCCCCGACUGCCCCGAGACCUCACAACUCCACGGUCGCCGUGCCGCGCCCGUGUCCAGGCCCCCUGCCAGCCGAGGACGACUUCGUCACCGUCGUCUCCAAGGCAGCACAGCGGAGAGCCAGGGCACUCGAUGCCGCGGCAGUUGCGAUCGAUCCUGCCGUGCGGAUCGCCGCGUCUGACCAUGGUCUGACACUCGCGGCGGCACUCGCUAAGCGGCCCGGUGUGACGGCGGUGCGCGUCAACCACCGUCUAAACAUCGUGGCCGCAGACGCGUCGACGCCGUCGUGUUUGUCGGAGCUCCUCGCCAUCAGGGAGCUCGGCGGCGUCCCUGUCACUGCCAGGGAGCCCGUGGAUCGUCGCUCCAGCACCGGCUUCGUCUACGGCGUGGACGGUGACCUCACGAACGCGGAGCUACUCGCGGGCAUCACAUCGGCGGUUCCCGUGCUCUCGGCAACGAGGGAGGGAGCCUCGGUAAAGCUACGAUUCGCCGAACCGCUCCCACCUGAACGGGUCGUGCUGCUCGGCCUGCGGUUGCGGGUGCGACAUGUGAGGCCGCGACCACGCCAGUGCCAGCAGUGCGGCCGCUUCGGCCACGUUGCCAAGGCAUGUCAGCGCAAGGGAGCGUGCAUCCGCUGCGGCCGCCAACACCUGGAGGCGGAGAGCUGCAAGCCCCGCUGCGUCAACUGCGGCGGUGCCCACGCAGCUGACACCCCCACCUGUCCUCGCUGGCAGGAGGAAAGGAGAGUGGCCACGCUCAUGGCCGCCACUCCAACGCCGCUCUCGAGAAGGGCAGUCAAGGCCGCAGUACGCGAGGAGUCCCGUGAGGUGCGCUCUUACGCUGCUGCGGUUAAGAACAAACUUCUAGAGGGCAACACCACGGAUCCCGGCCUGCAGCGCCCAUCUCCUGCGCCGCGCCGAUCUCUCCUGCGAACGGCGAGCUCCCCCAGGUCGAGCCUGCCUGCUGCCCCACCCGCUACGCCUGCCGAGGACCCGCGGGACACUAUCAUCACAAACCUGCUGGCCACACUGCAGGCGGUGAUGCAAUUCCUUCCUGAGGAGCACCCGCUGCGAGCCACCUGCCUCCAGGCGCUCGGCACGCGGUCCGGUGCCCCCGGGAGCGAGUAG